GCUGCUGAGAGAGAGAGAGAAUCACCGAGCAGGAGGGUUUUCUCAACGAGGAAUUACAAUGGACCUUGAAGGAGUUCCUCCUCCAGUGAUCAAGGACUCCAUCCUCACGGGCUGGAUUUUGAUCGGCGCCGGGGGUUUUGGAGAAAUCUACAAAGCCAGGCAUCAAGGGUGGUGCUCCGACGUGGCCAUUAAGCUGCUUCACAACGAUGACAAGAUCCAAGCUUUGCAGCAGGAGGUCCAAAUGAUGCUUCUGGGAAGCAGCGAGUAUGUUAUGCAGGUCCUCGGCGUUUUCAAUGGUCGACCACCGAACUCUGGACCCUCAGCCCAGCUGGGUCUGGUCAUGAAGUACAUGGAGAAAGGAACUCUGGAAUCCCUACAGAAAACUUUCGACAGAGUUCCACCGUUACCGCUGGUCUUCAGGCUGGCUCACCAGGUGGCUCUGGGGAUAAACUUCCUCCACAGCCUCCCCACUCCCCUCCUCCACCUGGACCUGAAGCCCAGCAACGUGCUGCUGGACUCGGAUCUCAAUGUCAAGCUCACAGAUUUUGGCCUUUCUAAGCCUAGUCAGACUCAGGCUCAGGUUUCCAAGACGGAUAAAGUAGACGGGGGAGGGACGAUCAACUACAUGCCACCGGAGGCUUUUGACAUCAAUUACAAACCUUCACGAGCCUUUGAUAUCUACAGCUUUGGUAUCCUGCUGUGGUCCAUCGCCACAGGGGAACAACCGUAUCCACAUGCAACUCCCAGCGUUGUGAUGUUCCAGAUCCCCAGGGGACAACGACCAUCGCUGGAAGAGCUCAGCAUCCGGGCUGCAGACCAGGCAGAGCUGAGGGGACUGAUGGAGCUCAUGAUAAGAUGCUGGGAGACCAGUUCCACCGAAAGACCCUCAUGCUUGGAAUGUACAAAGAUCACAGAGAAACUGUAUCAGAUGCAGAAACGUGGAAUUCAUGAUGCCGUCCAUGAAGUGCUGAAGAAACUGGCCAUCCAGCUGCGAGAGCUACGCCGGGAGCUAAGCGGCUAUCUCGGAGACCAGGCCAUCCAGCUGCGGGAGCUACGCCGGGAGCUAAACGGCUAA